AUUUUAGGAUGUCUUUUUACUCUUCUAACAGUGGCUGGAAACGGACUUGUCGCAUAUCUGAUCCUGAAAAAACCACAGCUGCAAACGAAGCCCAACUGCUUUAUAGCCUCGUUAGCAGUUGCAGACAUUUUUGUAGGUAUCACAUAUUUUCCCCAGAUUCUUGUCAAAAGCUUCAUCUGUCAUUCCCAGCAAUGUGAUGACGUCUUUUUUAUCACCAGACACUUUUUCCAAUAUUCCUCAAAUGUUAAUCUUUGUAUCAUGUUGGUAGACCGUCACAUCUCCGUAAAGAAACCACUGAAACAUGUUACAUUGAUGACGACGAAAAGAGUCACCUUCCUUUUGAUCGCAUCGUGGACGGCCCCAUUAUUCAUCUUCGCUAUUCCUCAAUCCAUCUUUCUGCUGUUUGCAACUGAAGAUCAAGAAAACGCCUUCUCGAUAUUCAAAACCUUGGUUUUCUCUACCUUGCCAAUGAUUUUAUUGAUUGCAUUGACAACGAGUGUUUUGGCUGUUGCACGGAGCUUGUCACACGAAGCACGCGCGCUAAACGCUCAAGUUCGUUUCAACCACAGAAAUGACACACUAGAAUUGAAUGCAUCCGAUUCUCCAGCCUUCGAAAGGCAAAGAACCGCGAAAAUGAUGAUAUUUGUGAUGGUAAUAUUUAUUCUCUGUUCUGCUGGGGAAAAUUGGAAGGGUUUCUGUUCAUGUGAUUGGAGUUUGUGCUGCGAUAAACCUAAAAACGUUGAUCAUGUUCUAAACCUUGUCUGUUUAUUAAAUUCUGCUGCUAAUCCCAUCGCUUAUUCCUUUCUCAAGAAAGAUUUUAAAGAGCAGUUAAAAAGACUUUUUCAAAAUAGAAACUAA